GCAGGUGGCCUUCUCUCUUAAGCCAUCUCUCUCUCUCUCUCUCUCUCUCUCUCUCUCUUAUAAAUCACUUCCUCUAAAAACAGGCACAUAUACGUACAUAUGUAUGUAUAUAUAUAUAUAUACACACACUAUCAAAUCUGUUCAAAGUCUCCAUUUUCAUCAUCAUCCUCCAAAACCCUUUUUGUUUGUGAUGAAUAAACAGAUUGAAUUUUGAAAAGAAAAAAAAAACCAAAACCCUGAUAAAAUAUCGUCUGAAAAUGGCAGAUUUGAAGGGAAAGAACAGUAACAAGUCAAGCUUAACACAAAAAACCCUACCCUUUUUCUUAUGUUCAUCAAAUCCCAAUUAUCAAAACAAGUCGCAGAAGAGAUUUGGAGAACAAAACGGUGUCGUAGGGCUGGGAAUUGUGGUUGCUUUGAAUAAUGGAUCAUCAUCGGAUCAUAAUACUCCAAACCCGGUUUUUUCUGCUUCACCCAGAUCCAACCCUAUCCCCAUAUUUAGCAAGAGACCCAUUAAAGAUGAUAUUGAAAUUGAGCUAUUGGAGGAGUAUACCUGUGUGAUAUCACAUGUGGGAAAUAAUUUGAUCAAGAAAAGGGAGUAUUUUGAUGAUGGGUUUAAGACUGUUGGUGUUAAUGGUGGUGGUAGUACUAGCUAUUGGGUUAGUGCUAAUGGUGGUGGUGGAGUGUUUUGUGCUCCUUCUCCUCCGGUGGCUAUUGGUGGUGUCACGGUGUUUCAGGAUGGUGAUUUCUUGAGUUCUUGCAAUCUUUGCAAGAAAAAGCUUCAUGGAUUGGAUAUAUUCAUGUACAGAGGUGAGAAAGCAUUUUGUAGCGAAGAAUGUCGAUACAAGCAGAUCUCCAUUGAUGAACACAAAGAGAAGUAUGCAUUGGGGGUGAGGAAACAGCCUGAAUGCGCCGAUUCUCCAUGCUCCAGUCCUAUGCAAUUACCUGCCGGGAUGGCUGUAGCAUGAAGGUUUUAUAUACAUAUAUAGAUAUAAAAUAACGAAAAUGAAAUAUAAAGUAUGGUUCAAAAACGAACCCAAAAUAAGUUAAAUAUCUAUGUUCGGCAGCGAUGAAAACGACAAAGAAUGCCAAUGGAGGAAGGGGAAGCAAAGUCUUCUCUUCGUGAGAGGGGUUUUAGGGUAGUAUUUACUUUGAAGUUUUGCUUCAGAUUAUGGUUAUUUAUAGAUUGUAAUGGAUAAUUCGGGAUUUCGAUAUACUGGGUACAACCC